GGGAGCGAGCCAGUGCAGCACCAAACCACACAAACCAAGGAGCCGGCGACAGCGAGAGGCGAGCGGAGCGGUCGAUCGAUCGGGCGGGAUGAGGGGCGGCGGCGAGAUGCUGACCGCGUCGAGGGGCGCCGGGACGUCCUCGUCCACCCCGGCGACGGACCUGGCCGGGGCGGGCGGCGGCGGGGGAGGGAACUUCCCCCUCGCCGUCGCGCUCCUCGCCUUCGCCGUCGCCAACUUCGUCAACCUCGUCGCCAUCUGGUUAAAGGAGAAGAGGUUGGAUGCAAGAAAGUUUCUUACUUCGGCUGGAAUUAUUUCAUCCCUUUCUGCAACGGUGGGGAGUUUGGCCGUGGCAGUUGGUCAACAAGAAGGCGGAGAUAGUUCUUCAUUCGCCCUGGCAUUGGUUUUUGCUGCUGUUGUAAUGUAUGAUGCAUCAGGAAUUCGAUUCCACACAGGUCGCCAAGCUUCUUUGCUAAAUCAAAUAGUCUCUGAUUUCCCACCAGAACAUCCAAUUAUCUCCUCCUUCAGACCACUACGGGAACCUCUUGGACACAGUCCAUUUCAGGUUUUUGCUGGAGCGCUUGUUGGUUGUUCUGUAGCCUAUUUGUCGGGAAAAUCUGUAUAAGAGAGUUUCUGUUUGUUUUUUUUACACAAAUGCUAUAUGUCAAUAUAACGAACCAUCUCUG